AUGGCGGAUUUAAGGAGAGUAUUUUCCCUCUUCUUUUUGGCCUUCAUUUCGCGCCUCUUCCUCAUAUACAGUCCCGUUAAAGACUGGUUCAUCAACCGAAUAGAGCUUUCUACACCACUGAAUGCAUGGAACAGAGGUAAACUUGGGUUUGAAAAUAACGAUAACUACAAUCAGCUGUACAAUCAUCGUCAAAAGUGUUGGGAAGGUUGCCCUUUUUACCUCUUCUUUUCCUUUCUCCCCCCGCCCCGGGCCCAAUGUUGAUCAAAACGUUAAUGUUUGCGGGCGUAAUUGUUCUGUUAUAUCCCAACAUUGAAUAGGGGGGACGGGGGAUAUUUAGCAAAAGAGAAAACUCUCUUUUUUUCAGGAUUAAAAUGGACUACUGUUAAGUUGUACAACCUUUCCAACUACUUUUGUCUGUGAUUGUAGUUUUCAAAGAUGAGUGUGCAAGUUGUGAGCAGUAGCUGCAAUUGUCAAAAUGGGCAAUAACAAAAAGAUAGGUUGAAACUGUGACCAUGGGGGAAACAAUUACAAAUACAUGAGAAAGAUAUCAACAGGAACAUAGCUUCCUUCUCAGUACUCCAUCUUUCCCGGGUGUAUUACGAACCAAUUUAAUGACAAGCUCCCAGUUUAUAGCUUGGUAACUCAAUUGGUUAAAGAGAGCUGGGUUACCGGUUAUCUCGCCCCCAAGUCAUUUUGCCCUGGUUACUUAGCCCUUCUAUUCUAGAACGGGGAAUAACUAUUAUGUUUGAAGCAUGCUUGCUUUGGUUUAUGGCUUAAAGAACAGGGAAUAUUACAUUUGAAGCACACUAAAUGACAUGAAAAUGGGGGCUAAGUAACCGGGGUGAAAUGUCCAGUUACUAAGCAGUCACAGACGUCAGUGUUCGAAUCCCUGUUAUUUAAAGGGGCUAUGUCAGCUGGAGAGCAUACGCUCUGAGGUUAUGCAAAUUACUUUCAACUGUCACAAUCCUAUUGUUUUUAAUGCGUGACUUUCUCCAUGUUCUCUGUCACGUCCAAGGCUCCAAAGUCUUUGUUUUGAUCUUAGGGAAACAUAACAUACAUUAUCGCGCAAAAUUGUUCGAUCAUGCCAAAUCACUGCGACGUCGAGGAAAACAGAACCAAGCAUCAUUGGUAUACUACUCCACUAUAAGCAGUCCGUUGAUAAAAAGGGAAAGUAAACUCUGCUAUUUUCCAAAAAUAUGCUCGAACACAAACAGUUCAAAAACGUGGCAUUUACAGGAUCUAACUCGUACUAAGCUGCCUCUCUAAGUCCGUUGAGAACAAUCUGGACGGGCAAACGGUCGUGUUUAUCUUUGCCGUGAAUCCAGAUAAAUACAAGAAGGAAUCUAGCCGAAUUUUAUAAUGUUUCCUUCGCCAGGAGUUUAGUUUCGUCACGAAACUCAUGGCCUGAUUCUCUUGUAAUCGUUUACAAAAAACGGCCGCCGCCAACUCGAUAGCCGCUUCAUUAUAUGUCCAAAUACUUUGAGCACAAGAAAAAUCCAAGAGCCAGCAGCCUCUAAAAUAACUCAAUAAAAAGGUUCUGUGAACUAUAGGGAAGAUUCCAUCAAAGAUUCCAUCACUCAUUGUGGAGUAGGCGUCAUUAACUCUGCCAUUACAAUGGCCGCUGAUAAGAGGACACAGUAAAUCCACGUAAAAACAUUCCACAGGCAAACAAUUUCAAAAUAACGCCAAAAAAUUAUUCUGUAAUCACCAUAGAAUGAUUCUUAAUACAAAACUUCGCUAACUAUCGAACGAUGGCUGAGAUUUAGACAGAUAAAAACAGCCUUCCAAAAUCUCCGACACAACUUGAAAAAGUCGGGCCAUCUUUUUCAAGUUUGUUUUCAUUGGCUCGGGCAUGCAUGAGGGGUGACAUAGCCCCUUUAAAGCCUGAAAAAAAUUUUUCAGGCUUUCUCUUCGCAACUGCAUGAGUUGCGUAUUUCACAAUGAUGAUCUUCUCUUCAUUUAUUUCUGAUACAUUACUAGAUUGAUUUAAAUCAAUUUUGAUCUGUUUUUAUUGAGUCUCAAGUAUCAGUUAGCUACAUCCUGACUGAUAGUAUAAUUGUUUAUCGAUAUACACUAUUUUUAUCUUCAGCGCAUAAAUUUACUAAAAUGUUGUAAAUUGAAAGAACUGCAUCUUUCUUUUUUGCUUUCAUGACUUGACUUAUUUUUAAGUAAACUUGUCAAUGUAUUUUACAGUUCAAGAAGGCCUCUCUCUUGUUAAACUUGGAGUUUCACCUUACUCUGGAGAUAUUGUACACGAGGUGAGAUAGAUCUUAAAAGAGGAAUAAAAUUUGUGAAAUCCUAUUUCAGCUGUUGAUAGUUCUAUCUUUCUUCAUUUAGCAAUUUAAGCAAAAGUAACUUAUGUACCAGUCAAUUCCACACCCCCCCUCCCCCCCCCGCACACCCAAGGCAUUUGACUUUUUCGAAAAAUUUUGGUCAAAUUCACCAGUAUCUUGGCAGUUUAGGUGGUCAAAUGCUCCACCGGCUAGGGUUUCAAAAAUUUUCAAAUCCCACACCCACCACCGACUAUUCAAAAGUUUUCCCUUGCAUCAAACUGUCUUUUCAAAUGUAAAUAUCCUACUAAACACAACCCAAAUAUCUUAAGUCUUGGAAAGCUGUCUUAUGGAGGUUUGUUCAUUUCAAUAAAACUGAUGGUUUAUUCCUGUAAGCCCACAUUUAACUGGCUUUUCCAAAGGCUCUCAAAUGCUCUGAAAUUGCAGUGAAUAUAAGAGCAUUGACCUGUGGCAUAUACUAAAUGUAGAGAGAAUUUCUAAAUCCUUUUGCUUGGGAUGCUGACCAGCGUUUUGACAUGAAAGUCAAAUGCAUGACUAGGCAGGCCUCAGUUUGGUCAAAUUCCUCUCUGUAUGGCACAAACGCCAGUCAAAUAAUGCCCAAGAUAUUGGAAAGCUGUCUUAUGGAGGUUUGUUCAUUUCAAUAAAACUGAUGGUUUAUUCCUGUAAGCCUACAUUUAACUGGCUUUUCCAAAGGCUCUCAAAUGCUCCAAAAUUGCAGUGAAUAUAAGAGCAUUGACCUGUGGCAUAUACUAAAUGUAGAGAGAAUUUCUAAAUCCUUUUGCUUGGGAUGCUGACCAGCGUUUUGACAUGAAAGUCAAAUGCAUGACUAGGCAGGCCUCAUUUGGGUCAAAUUCCUCUCUGUAUGGCACAAACGCCAGUCAAAUAAUGCCCAAGAUAUGCCAGGGGGAUGGGCAGUUUUGGAAUUGACUGGUAUGCUACUCUAAAAUAGCGUUGCUUUAUCUCAGUUUUGUUUGUUUUUUACCAGACACCACUGGUGCUAGCAACAUUUCUUGGAGUACAGGAAGUAUCAGAAACACUUUUUCCUGCUGUGUUUGUGGUGAGUUGGAACACAUUAUUUAAGACAAAGUACACCUAUUAUUGUACAGAAGACUUAAGAAAUAAAACAGGACAUUAACUUUGUUAAUUUAAACAUACCAUCACAAAGUCAUCAUUUCAUGGACUAUAUCCAUGGCAACACUCAAAAGCCAUUAAAUUUUGCAUACUUAAUCGCGUGACUUCUACAAUGAUAUUCAUCCUAUCUGGUGUACUGUAGCACUGGGAACAUUGACAUACUGUCAGCUGAAGGUUUUUUUUACCUUCAAUUAGGAAAGUUUUAUUAUUGCACACAGUUGACAAUGAAGUGUCUGCAUUAGUUAGUUUAACUUUCUAUGAGAAUCUGUUGAUCAGCCAAAAACCAAGUGUCUAUUGUUCACAUCAGAGGGGUGUCCAUAUUAAGGAAGUUGGAUAUUUUUAGAAAAUUGUAAGGGCUUUCCUUAGGGACGAUGGCUGUCUUUACACUAGGCUGUUAAGUAAGACUUAAGAGCUACUAAGUUUUACUUAACCAAAAGUGCACGUGUGAAGGCCUAAGUAAAAUCUCAAGUAACUUUACUUCACAUCUCAUCAAAGUCGGAAAGUUGAAACGAUUCAAGAAAGUGUCAAGAGACUUGAAAACUAUCCUUAAGGCCGACAUAGCCAACUUGCGGUUUCUAAGCUUUGAGAAAGGCGAAGCAUGUCAAUCAAUCUUAAUUAUGUUGCAUGGGAAAAUAGGCUUAAGGUAAACCUGAAGUAAAAAAGAUAGGUUGUGUGUGAAGCUUUCUUUUACUUAAAGAAUUUAAAAUUUACUUGUCUUGAAAUAUUUCUUAGGUUAUUUAGGUGCUAAUGUAAAGACUACCAAUGAGAACUCUUGGGUUUGACUAUAUUUACUUUUAUAUUGCGCAUGAUAUUGAAGUGAUGUGUUUAAAGGUUUUCCCCACUGGCCUGUGCAGUUUUUUGUAUUUAUAUAGUUUUCUUCACAUGUAGGUGGGUGACUUGAUAAUUGGAUGGCUCCUUUACAGGCUAGCUUGCCUUCACUCCAACAUGCUGGUAUGAUCAUUUAACACUCAAAUUGUUUAAUGAUUGGUUAUUAUGAAUAUAAGAAGUAUAUUUUGAAAGAAAUUUAAAAGGCAACAAGCACUAAGACUUCUUAUAGUAGUUGAAAGUACAGUCAAUGCCUGAUAACUGGAGCCUUCCAGGGAAAUCAAAAAAAGUUCAAGUUAUCGGUAGUUCAAAGCAAUAACUGAAAAUGAGGAAGUACAUGUAAGGAAAUGGGAUAGGAAAGCAGUGGAAGUACCAUGCAAAGUUUACUCCAGGGGAAACAAGAAAUACAAUGAUAUUUGAAAAACAAAGUUUGAUUACUAUACAGAGCUGGACACUGUACUUGAAGUGGACUGAAAAAAGGUAUAAAAGACAAAGAAUACAUGUACAUUAUUGGCACGGAUGUUUUUGAUCAAAUUCAAUGUUUGUGUUUAAAAGAAAGAGAUGGUCAAUUUUAAGUUUAGUCAACAAAUAAGAAAUUUAUAAAGUUUUCAUUAUUACAAAUAUUUGGGAAAAAAAUAAGUCCUGGACAAGAACAUUGCCCAUGAACAUUCAGAUACCAGUCAGCAGGGCUAAUAGGAGCUUGUAGCUUGUAGGGCAGGUCAAAUUUAAACCUAAGGGUCCAGGCAAGACUACUCUAAUAAAAUCAUAAACUAAGACAAGGAAGAAGUGGUUCUGGGCAAACAAAAUGUAAGAGUUGCUUGCCCAAAGGACAAACUGGAAUUCAAGUUUUUUUUCAAGCCCUGUUUAGGCAUUGUAUCCAUGAUCUAACUGUUGCAGACACAUUUAAUGAUGAUUUCUUUUCAGUCUUGUCAAGCUGAAAUGGUUUUGUCUUGUUAGUCCCAGAGGCUCAGGGAUAUUGGCAACUGAUGUUCCUGUAAAAAUAAGCAGAAUCCUUUUUUUAAGAAAUGGACCAUAAUAAGUUUUGAGGUGGCGGGAUUGGUCCAUGACAAAAAAAAUUUGCACUAGAAAAUUAGGGGAAAAAAUUGUGCAAAUCCCAUCUACUCUUGGAAUUCUUCCACUCUUCUCUCCCCCAUCAAAAAUUAAAUAGUCCAUUCCUAAUAGAUAGUCUUACAUACUCUUUUUUUGACUGGUCAUGUUUGUAUGACCUCAUUAAUCACAGUGUUGUUGUUUUCGUUGGUCUUUUCACAGUUAAGUGAUCAGACAGCAAAUUUAAAAUUCUUUGCCAAGUCUGUUGAGCCAAUUUUAAUCAAGCAGGAAGCAGUGAACAACAUUCCUCUUCUAGUAUCAUCUGUGUAAGUUUGCUUUCUCCUCCACAACAAGAAAACAUAGAGUAACCAUAAUCCUGAAAUAAGGGCGUGAUUUUUUUUUUUGUGAAGGAUAUAUGAGAAUAAUUUUAAAUGUUUCUUGAUGCACUGCAAAUAAACAGUACUCAAAAUAAUGUGAAUAAUUUUGCAUUUUUGUUAGUUUUCUUUGAAUGUCAAGAAGACAAUUCUCUGCAAUUUAUGAAGUGCCAAGAUCAAAGUUACCAGAUUUUGUGACAAAAAAAAAAACUAAGAAAAUUUUGGGGCUAGUAAACAAAGUUUAAGAUCUAUAAUAAUUAUUUGCUUACAAACUGGUGAUAAUUUAUUGUGAAAAAUAUUAUUAUAAUAGGUAUCUUGUUGACACACUAUUAUUUCUUUGUUGUUUUGUAGUUAUUUGUUAAACCCCUAUACUAUUGGCUCUUGUGUAGCACAUUCCACUGUGAUGUUCACUAACUUGGCAGUCACAACUGCACUCUAUUGUGCUCUAAAAGGUUGGUUUAUUUCCUCAUUCCCCAGAAGUCAGUAAUAAUUACUGUAAUUAAAUUGAAUUUAUCAUCCUUGCCAGCUAUGUUGUAGUAUCCUAUGUAGUCUAGGUGGACUGUUAAAUGAGGACACAAUUAAAAGCCUAGGAGACAUACAUACAUACUUACAUACAUACGUACAUCUACAUGUACUUUAUUUAACCUCAAAUUUAGAGUGGCCAAAGAUAAGCUUCAGUGUAGUACAUGCAUCUUCAAGUUACAAGACAAGAAUAGUAUAGUUAUAAAUGCUACUAAAAUUGUGAAAUUAAUUACAACAUUCUAAACUUUUAAACUACUGAAAAUAGUCAUACUGUAGAAUCUUGUGCUGGAAAUCAGAAUAGUUAGAAAAAAAUCUGAAAGAGAGCUCCAAAGUUUUGAAGCCAUAUAGGAAAAGGAAUUCGGACCAUAAGUAGUAGUUUUUGGAGACAGUAGAGACAAAACAUAAUUACCGGGUAGACUGUAGGAUGUAGACCAGAGAAUACUGGUAGGUGUUACCUUAUUGAACAAAGAGAAGAACUAAUUUAGAACAAAUCUAAAUUGUUUUAAUGAUGGUUUCAAACUCCAGACUCAGUUCAAAAUUGUCUCUGUUUGCAUUGUUUCUUUUGUUUUUGUCGUUAUUGUUGCUCAUGCUGUUUUAAUAAACAUUUUUGUGUCAAAAGUAAUCACAGUUGAUGCAACAGUAUUACAAUCAAACCUCUUCUCACAGACACCUCUACAACCAAGACUCCUCCAUUAUGAACAUUUCUCAUUUUUGUUAGGAUACAGAACUUUAUAGAAAUAGCUUAUCUUAACAGAAGAAGCACCUCUACAAAUACAAAGGCUUUGAGCUGUCCCUUGUAGGUUUCACAGUUCAUAAUUUAUAGAUGCUUAAAAGCAUUGAUGAAAUGCAACUGUAGAAGAUGGAUUGCAGCUACAGGUUAUCAGCCGUAACAUUUAAAUGUAUAUGAUUGUUUUGCAUUGUAGGGAAUAUUCUUGUCAGCACUCUUGGAGUUGCCUUUGGUGCUUAUCAUUCUUUGUAUCCUAUAACGUUACUGCCACCUGUUAUCCUUAUAGUGAUCAAGGUAAAUGCAUUUUCAUGAGAAAUACAAACUAUCAUUAAUUUUAUUACAUGUAGUUCGAAACUGUGUUAAGAAGAAAAUAGUCAAAACUUAUGUUGUUGGUUUAACAGCAUCCUCGGAGGCCCAGGGUAGAAUAGUUGGCUCAGCAGAAACGGCGCCACAAAAGUUUUCAAGCACGGGCAGAGCUUUCGUGGCACCGUUUGUGGCAACCCGACUAUCUUCCCCUGGGGCUCCGAGGUUGGUUUGACACAUGUUUGACAACUACAUUCCAAAAACCAAUCUCGUUCCCAGCGGUAACGUGGACCCUGGGAUUGACAUUUUCCUUCAAUCCAAAAGUUACCACUAAAAACCCAUUCACCAUUUAAGAAAUCGAAGAAAACUGAGCCUAGUUGACUUUUGCAAAAUUUGCCAAUAAUUGACUGAUGCUUCCCUUGUAACCAUCCCAGAAACAAUUGCGGGACGCAUUCCCUAGAAACCAUCCCAGAAACAAUUGCGGGACGCAUUCCCGCCCCAGUUCCCUUUUCGUUAUUUCUAAAAUGGUCGGGGGGUACUCCCUUAUGAAGGGGGCAGGGAUGCUCGUCAUCUCGCUUAAUUAGGGGUGUAAAUUUCGGAUUUUGGUCUUACUUAGGAUGUUCUGUAAUCAUGUAAGUUUGGGCUACGCCCAGAUUGGUGUCUUUUAGUGGUUUAAUUCAAAACUUCCGAAGAGCCUUCCCGCCCCUUUCAUAUGGGAGUCCCCCCCGGGGGGGGGGGGUAAAAUGGCAAACUGAGUUCAAAAACGCCGACGGUUAAAGUCACUUUGGGUCUGCUUGUGGUCACCUUAUGUCUUUUAACAAUAAAACAGGGAAAUAUAUCCCAGCCUUUACAAUUGAUUAACGACCCUUUAAAAAUAUGGCUUUGCUGUGUAAUCCUUAUAAGAACGAUAUUUUUUCAGUCCUCUAUGUUAGUUUGAACAAUAGCUUAUAAGUAUAAUUAUUCUUCUGCAUUUUAGGUUCGGUCAAUUGAUGCUGAAUCCAACAAGAAGUCACUUGUGUUUGUUAGUAAAGUUAUUGCUUCAUUCGUAACGUGGAUGGUUCUUUUGCUUGGAAUGUCCUACCAAGUGUUUCAGUCCUGGGAUUUUCUUACAGCUACACAUGGAUUAAUGUGAGCUUCUAUCAACAUUCAUUUCUUUUAAAAUGACUUGGGUUUUUUAGCAACCAUCCUGGCACUGCGUUUGGGCUUUUGGUUCUCCGAUUCAAAUGCAGAGAUUAUUCAAAGCUUUUUUAAGAUAACGCGCAGUGCAUUGCAGUUUGCUGGUGAAUGGAUAAAGUACGUGAAUACUUGUAAAGCUUUUUAACCCAUUCAUUCUUGGCUUUGAGCAAAGUCAAGGUUGACGAAAAAAGUUCGAAUUUCUUAUAAAAAACAAAGAUCCAUGAAAGUAUGGGAUAGGUUUGAACAGUAAAGGCAUUUUUGCUCUUGCUGGAAUGGAAAACAUAAGCUGAAUUUGGAUCACUCGUCGAUGGAACCAGUAGACUAGUGGCGCAGGGUACAUAUAAUCACAAUUCGCUUCAAGCUCCGACUGUUUCUAGCCUGAAAUUCAUCCGAUUGCUUUGAGUCGUUUUCUCCUCUCAACAAAGUCUGAAUCGACCGGACGUUAAUGCCGUCCAGUGACGUCACUCACUACCCGAAAACCGGGUAGUGAUUUUGAUUGGUUGAUUGUCUAAACAUUGGCAUAAUUAUGUAUAAUUAUGAAAAAUUUUAGCGGGGUUCUCGCUUAAGGUGGCUGAAUACAGUUUUGCGGGUGGUCAGCGGUAACUCGCGUGACCGCGCGUGUUACAAACUUGGCGGCGAAAAAGCAAUGGUACACAGAAGACGAUUUCUCAAAAUCUACUCAUUAAAAUUUUGUGAUAUUUAGCACAAUUUUUAUUUUUAUCGUAUUUUAGAUAAUGAAAACUUUAAAAUGGAAGUUUAACAGACGAACUUCGUGACACAUUUAAUAAUAACAAUACAAUUAUAUUAUUGAUUAUCUAAAAGUCCGUCUGUUAAAAUUUGAUCAAAUAAGUUUCAAAUGGUAAUGAUUAGUUAUAGUAAGCUGUGUGCAAGUUUAUAGGAAAAUCUAAUGAGCGAAUUUUAUGUAAACUGAACAAAAGUGACAUUUUAAGGUUGUAUUCAAUCAUUCAUGAACGGUACCUUUGAUGCUUUUGCAGUUUAAAAUGGACAGUUAGUUUUAGAAAGUAGUCAUAUAAAAAGUGAACGGUUCAAAGUCGAACACUCGACGUUGGAAAGAGAACGGUACUAAACCGUUUACUGUUACACUCACAAAGUGCCAAAACUGUGUUCAGCCACCUUAAUAUUCAGCGGAUCGCAUCCCAGCCAUUCUUUCGUUUAGUUCAAACAUUUCGAUAAGCUUAAUCUUUAUCUUAAACAGCAAAAUUGCCCUUGUUUUCGAAACUGAAAUCCUAAAUUGAACUGCGAAUGAAGAAUCAUUGUGGAGAGUCGGUAGGUUUUUCAUUUAGAGCCGCUUUGUGGUUUCGGCGGCCGGUGAUUUUGCUUACGCGAACUUUUCUGAGAUCAAUGUUAUAAUUCGACUUUCUUGCUAUUUUUACCGUCAAGUGUAAUGAUUCUGUUAGCUUUUCUUUCUUGUUUCCUUGUUUUUUUUCUUCGUUAAGGACCAAAUAGCUUCUUUUCAAUUAAAGCAAAUCAUUGUAUUUUUGAACUAAGUGUUCCGUGUGUGUGCUUAUUUCAUUGCGUGAUUGCGACCGAGUUUGAUUAUAGAAUUUGGUACAACCGGUUCAGAGUUGUACUGCAUGCAGUUGAUAGUUUGAACGUUAAACAUGAAUUACGAUCGAAAAAAAUAAAGCAGUUAUGUAUCAUGCAGUCAUUUCCAAACGAUAUUUCUCGGUUUGCCACUUGAAAAUCGUGUUUUACUUUUUGCAUGAAUUACAGCAAAGUCAAGGAGAAGUGACGUCACUGGACAGCAUUAACGGCCGGUCGAUUCAGACGUUACUGAGGGAGUAAUAACGACUCGAAGUAAUCGGAUGAAAUGCAGGCUAUUUUUCAGCUUGAAGGUUUUAGUUUUGUGACAAAUUGGUUCUAUCGAGGAAUUAUCCACAUUCAGCGACACGUGAAACAGAUUCGACACAUGUGCAAUGCGACGUUAAAACCAGGCGUUAGUUCCAAGAAAUCGCUCAAAAUUGUGUCCCCAAAAAUUGUAAGCUAAGAAGCGUAAGGCAAGUUAUAGCGGUUAGUAUUUCGUGUUCUUCAUUGUGUUUAUAAACAAAAGGUACAAAAUGCUAUACUUUAUGAUAAGUUUAAUCUGACUAUUGUCUGUUGUUUAUUCCCCAGUUUACAGGUCUCUGAUCUGACGCCUACCAUGGGUCUCUUCUGGUAUUUCUUCACUGAGAUGUUUGAACAUUUUAGGAAUUUUUUUCUUUGGGUUUUUCAAUUGAAUGCUUUCUUCUACUGCAUUCCGCUGACCAUCAAAUUAAGGUACGACAUAAAAAGUAAAUUCAUUUAAUAGUGGAACAUACAGUGAGUAUGGUUAUGUAAUAGCUGCUGAUCGUGCGUACUGGGACCCGUUUCUAGAAAGUCACUAUUCACUUUUCGGGCCUGAAGCCUAUUUCUUUUUUGCCCGAAGCCCGAAAUCAAAGUCUAACGGAAAAGCUGGCUAACAAAGCAGUUCAUUUACCCGUUUUUAACCGACUGGUUUAUAAUUUUAACUGCAAAUCUAUUGAAACCAUUAUUGAACCUUGGUCUUUGUAAACAAAACAGCUUUGCAGGCCUGGAAAUUACCCCGACUUUCGAGGAACGGGCCCCUGAAAGCCAUAUUGUAGCUCCCUAACAAGAUCGUUUAUUGCUCUGCUUGCAAAACCAACAAAACUGUCGUUCUCUGCACCAAAUGCGUUAUAUAAACAUAAAACAGCUUUCGGAGACCGAAAAUAAACGAGACUUUUGAGGAACGAACCUUACAUGCCCAUGCAGCAGAUCUUUCGCAUGGAGCGACGGCUUUUCUUGGCUUUUGUGUUUUUUCAUCAGUGCGGGGUUAAAAAGUUUAGCACGAAUAAAGUUUCGUUACAACACUCAGUGAAAAUAGACGCGGUCGAGUUUAUUUUUGCUUCUCUUUCUUACCCGAAACGUUUUCAUCGGAUAUUCCGGUUUCCUUGCCUUCUCAACAACCAACACCAAAUUCGAGUUCGAUCGCGAACGAACGAACAAAUGUGAAAAGAGUUAUUAAGAGAGCUCUUAAGUAAGUGCUUCAAGAGUAAUGAAAUUGCAUUUACAUUUAUUUCAUUUCUUAUUUGUAUGCUUUCUUAUAUUAUGUAGUUUUUUGAGGCUAUUUUUUAUUGCUGAAUCCUUUUUUGUCGUUAUUUGCAGGGAUAACCCAACAUUUCUUGCGUGUAUGCUAUGUUCAGUGAUGGCCAUCAUGAAGUCGUAUCCUUGUCUGGGUGACGCCGCUGUUCCAUUAGCUCUUCUUGCACUUUGGAUGCACAUCUUUCCUUGUAAGUAUACAUUUUCGAUUGUGCAGCUAUUUGUUCAAAUAGUUACCGGCAGCUUUUUACUCUUAAAAUCCAAGGCCAAUCAAAGGUUUCAACGAAGUAAUAUGAUGUUACCAUUCAAAUUAAAGCUUUUAAACGGAAUGUUUGCACAUUGCUUUUUAUUGCUUUACGUUUUUGGUCCAUUAUUAGAAGGGAGAGAGUUCAGUAAAGCACAGAUUAUAACUCACUCGGAACAACACGUGCUAAGCACGUGAAACGUGAAAACCGCGUGCACGAGGAAGCACGAAGAAGAGAGAAGCCAUCAAUUUAAUAUCUCGGAGCAACGAUCAAAUGUCUCGUCGUUCACCAUGCCGCUAUCUCUGCACAUAAUUUUUCAAACGAUUUACAGUUCAUGCAUAAAUAACUUUACUUCAGCGUAUUAAGAGUUAUACACCGCUUCAAUAAAAAGUCCAUAAAGAACGCAAUGGAAAGGUCAUUCAUUACAUGGGAAUUUUGUAGGAUUUUUUGUACUCUAUGUGUAACAAUCUUCAAUGCGAGAGUUCCCUUUUUUCGUUUUUCAGAUCUCAGAAACACUCUUCUGAUCACUUGUAUGCUGCUCUGUAGCUCUUUCUUGGCCCCAGUCUUCUGGCAGCUGUGGAUUUAUGCGGGAAGUGCGAACGCUAACUUCUUCUUUGCAAUCACAUUAGCAUACUCUACUGCCCAGGUAACAUCGGUUCUUAUGGUCAGAUAUUUUACUCCUGUUGGAAAUUGUAAUGGUGAACGCUUGCCGUAUGAAAAUCCGAUAUUACCAGGUCCAAAUCUUUGAACAAGGAGUCGCAAUCGUCUUGUUAUCAAAGGCUUAAAUUUUCAUAAGGGACUGUUUUUAAAGCCAAAUUGUUUUCUCGUAAUACUAAUAUCAUCCGAAUUGUCAAUUUGCGUUUGUACUUUUACUACCAAAUUUUUAGAAAAUUUUCUCCACGUAAGAUUUUGGAUUUAUAACCAGAUGGUUGUUUUAAGUUGGGCAAUUGUAAAUCUCGUUCAAUAAUGAGAAGGGGAACAACAAAAAAGCAUUCAAAUUUAAUCGCCUACAGGGAAGAGGCGGAUCUAGGGUAACCUCGGGUACUCACCAUUUCAAAAGUGGCAAAACCGGAAUUUCCGGCUGAAAAGUCAAAUAGCUCGCUCCAUUCCGUCCGGGAAGGUUCAGAAAAAUACGGACUCCGAAUUGACGCGACGCAAUUUUAGUGUUUUCAUUCUGUGUAGCAAAUGUGGAUAUACUUUGUAGUGAUUCACACUCCCACCACGUCAAAUUUUAUCGAUUUAUCUGUAUUAUGUUUAUGCACAAGAUUUUCACCCGGGUGGUAUGUGUAAAUAGUAAGCACCCCCCGUCUCCAGGGCUCUUCCUUUAGAAUAGGGCCCCACCCAUUUUCUAAGAAAACGGCUAGGAACGAGUUUGGAUCUACCAAAAGGGCUUUAGGGGCCCGGGCCUCCAUCUUCUGGCCAAAUCCCCUUGCAAAAUUGUCAGAAAUGUCCUGGAGACAUGUAUUUUGAUUUUUUUUGCUUUGAUUUCUUUUUCAGAUCCUUCUAACGUCUGAUGUUUUAUUCGCGUUUCUUCGCCGUGAGUAUGAUCUUUAUCAUGGAAUAUACCCUCCCAUCAUGCAAGGCAAGCCUGCCAAGAUCAUCCUACGGUAACCAUGGUAACCUUAAGCGAGAGAGGCAAAAAUCUGUAUGAAUUGUUGCAGGAAGCUUGAAGUCUAACUUCUGGGACCUUGUGUAAGAGUCAAACUCUUGUAUCGGGAUUGUAAAGCGAACAAAAAUGAACCGAACCGUACUCUAGCAAUGAGCUACGUAUAAUGCCUGACUUUCUUGCUACAAAGGAAACAUGCAUUUUUGCAGGGUCUUUGUUACGCCACUUGCUAAACGAACAUAACUUUUUACCGCAUGAUGUCUGAUGAGCAUCUGUAAAUUAUUAAGCAUCGAUAAAGCACGCGAUAUUGCGAAGGUGAUCUGUCGGGGAAGCUGUUUGAAUACCAAUAGUUUGAUGUCCUUUCAGUUAACAGUACCCGUAAAGGGCAUGCCGUGUACGUUUAUCUACUCGAAAAGAAGUUCAAUGCAGAAAAUCCGAGCCAUGUCCAGCCCUGGCUAUGAAAUCCAGAGUUUCUUCACUUCUUACUUAGUUCCACACUUCUCGGAGGUGUGGAAGUGUGGAAUAGUCCGACAAAGAAAGGAUAAUGUCACACUUUUCCCCAGUCAUGAACCCUUUGUCAUUCUUUACUUAGUUCCACACUUCCAGAGGUGUGGAAGUGUGGAAUAGUCCGACAAAGUAAGGAUAUCGUCGCACUUUCCCCCCAGUCAUGAACCCUUUGUCAUUCUUUACUUAGUUCCACACUUCUCAGAGGUGUGGAAGUGUGGAAUAGUCCGACAAAGUAAGGAUAUUGUCGCACUUUUCCCCCAGUCAUGAACCCUUUGUCAUUCUUUACUUAGUUCUACACUUCCCAGAGGUGUGGAAGUGUGGAAUAGUAUGACAAACUAAGGAUAUUGCCGCACUUUUGCCCCAGUCAUGAACCCCUUGUCAUUCUUUACCUUGUUCCACACUUCUCAGAGGUGUGGAACUGUGAAUAGUCUGACAAAGUAAGGAUAUUGUCGCACUUUUCCCCCUGUUAAGAACCCCUUGUCAUUCUUUACUUGGUUCCACACUUCUCGGAUGUGUGGAAGGGUAGAAUAGUCUAGAAUAGAAUAGUUGAGUUUAAUGUCGCACUUUCCCUGAGUCACGAGAAGCUCAGUGCGCUUUAUGAGCACUUGGUUUUAUUUCUGUAUGGUUUUUUACAUUUUUCCUUAAGAACUAUUUUUAUUUUGAAUAGCAGAUAUAACCAUUGUUUCAAUGCCCGCUGUUGAAAGAAACUUAAAGUUAAGAAAUCCGAUCUCCAACCAAGCCUUCUUCAUUAUCAGUACGGGUUCAAAUUUGAUAAUUGUUAGAUAACGCCAUAUAUCCACUGUUUCGCAGUUUUUCCUCUUCUCUAAGGUUAUGUAAAUGCUGGACAUAAAUUAUGAAAAAGAAGCAACACCACGCUCGGAGGCGAGCGGCUCGAGGCCAAGAAACCUCGAGAAAGAAUUCACCUAAAGGUGACUCUCUACAGACGGAGAGGAGGGUGGACCAUGCAAAUAUUUUAGUAUUGUCACGUGCCGCAGAGAUAACAUAAAUAUUGCCGACCCUAUAACACGCACUUAAUCAGUGAUCCCCCUUUUCCACAGAGAGAUCUGCAGGUAGCUACUCUAGGCCGAUAAGUCACAAUUAUUACUUUAUACAGAAUGCUGUAUAUUUUUAGACCAAUUUAGGUCAUGAACCUGAUGAAGGAAUAGAACAAUAACAAUUGAUUUGAGCAUUUAUAAACUUUAUCAAGUUCAUCUUAAAGCGAGGAAGAUAGAACGCACAUACUCUGCAUUCUUUACUGCCUAUUUUUAGCGUUGUUACGAUCUUAAGAGACCUGACCGUUGUACCCAAUUGUAAGCUCCCGGGGUUAAGAUUCUUUGUGUAUUGUAUUUGCGUUAUAAUGUGGCAUUCACAUUUAAAUGAUAUGAAAAUUCCUAAAACAAAACGUUUUAUACCCAAAGGGUUUGAAUUGGGUACGAGAUUGAGUCAGCCGAAUAGAUCUAUAGGAAGGAGAAAAACCCAGAAUAAGACGUCUCAUAUAUGGCACAUUAAGAUGAAGAAUUUCAAACAUAAAAAUCCAUAGAUGAGAUGACGUUGUUGAGGUUUCCAGCUGUUUCCGUUGAAAAAUAAAUAAAUAAAUAAACGAAGAUAAAGGACUGACGGGGACUUCGUGACAGGGAAAACGUAGGCUUGUUUUAUGGUCGGGUAUUCAAACAGAUGGCAGUGAAACAAGGCUAAUAUCUUCUAGUCAUAGAAUUGUUGUCUAAACUUAAAAUAGCAUUAAAAAAGAUGUAAAACGAGUUGCAGGAAUAAAACCAACAAAUACUCCCACUGCGCUUUAUUCUCAUUUCAUACAUAGGAGUGUAACUAAGGAAAGAAUGUCGAGGGAUUCGUGACUGGGGGGAAAGUGAGACAAUAUCCUGACUCUGUCAGACUAUUUCAUACUUCCACACCUCUGAGAAGUGUAGAACUAAGUAAAGAAUGACAAGGGGUUCUUAACAGGGGGAAAAGUGCGACAAUAUCCUCACUUUGUCAGACUUUUCCACACUUCCAGACCUUUGAGAAGUGUGGAACUAAGUAAAGAAUGACAAAGGGUUCAUGACUGGGGAAAAGUGUGACAUUAUCCUUACUUUGUCAGACUUUUCCACACUUCCACACCUCUGAGAAGUGUGGAACUAAUUAAAGAAUUACUAGGGGUUAGUGCCUGUGGGAAAUGUUCGACAAUAUCCUUACUUUGUCAGACUUUUCCACACUUCCACACCUCUGAGAAGUGUGGAACUAAGGAUGAAAAAGGAAAGUAGGGAUCUUGUGGCCAGCGCUGGACAUUUGUGGAAAAUCCAUAAAUUGUCACUUCUCGUUUCACCUCAAAUAGUUGCGAGACCGGGAAGAAGAAAAGGGACACUGAUAAAGCGACUUUCGUAUGACCUUGAAAUGAAAACGUGCGAAUAAACAGAAACCACAAACGAGCGGAAAUAUCGAAUGGGUACAAACGCAAACGGCUUUUGGUUGGUUAAGCGAACGCUGGGCUGGAAAAACUUCAUGCCCGAGAACUUUCUAGAAAUCAAUCCGAUGGCGAUACUUCGCUUUGACAUAUUAGGGUUUUCUUUGGCGGGAAAACGAAGAGUUCAUGGUUUGAUCUUUUCAUCAAUUGGCUGAUAAAACAAAUAACGAACACUUACCAAAACCAUUUUUCAAGGUCAUACGAAAAUCGCUCUAUGUUACACAGUACAAAUUAGAAACAAUUAAACUUAACUGCCUUAAAUAGCCAAACGUUUUGUUUAAACUAGGUUUAACCAUCCGAGUAAAUAAAAUAAUAUGUUGAAAUGAAUGUGAUGGUCACAAUGUGAAUGUAAUUUAAUAGCUAAUAUCCACCACUUUUCUUGUUUAUGCAACAUGAACCUAAUGGCCAAUCAUCUCAUAACCUGCUGUGUGGAUCUCAAACCACAGAUU